UAAUUGGUUCUCAAAACUGGUAUCAGUGGUCCUGCAUCAGUUUGGGAAUGACUACUGUGAUUUUAGCUUGUCCUGCUGUAUAGAGCUAUUACUGAACAGACAAACGAACAGCAAUGAACCAGGUUAAUUGAGAGGUCAAUCGCAGAGGACUCCCCGGCUGUGCAAGUUUAUCUCGCUAUAAGAAGCGCCUGCUGGAUUGGAACCAACUCAGGUGAACUACUUGCACUGUUCACUAUAUAAAUAGGACUGUACGUUUUCUCGACCACCGAGGUCCGACGCUUCAGCUUGGAUGUAGGUUGAUCACAGUGAUGCUGCAUCCCUUUAUCCAAAUCUGCCCGUUAAAAGUGGAUAUAUGCAACAUCCAAGUAAAAUAACUGAUUCAGCUGAGACCAAAUAAAGAUGAGGUACCUUCAUUCAAUCUGUUUGAUUCUGGCACAUUGUUUCAUUCAAGUGGUUAUAUGUGACAAAACCCAGCUACCAACAACAGAGCUUAUAGAAUGGAGGGAAACAGACAAUGAGGAGACAUUGGCUAACAGUGUUGCCAGUUCACCAGUUGUAAAUCCACUGCGACUUUUUGCAAGCCGGUCUCAAGAUCUCAAACAGACUAUAAAAGAUUUAACGCACUUAGAAAAUGUUGAAGAUUUUUGGGACUGGCUAGCCAACAGAACAAACGUUCACGAAAACCAUGUACGAACUAAACGCAGACCUAUUGUGAAGACUGGGAAGUUCAAGAAGAUGUUUGGAUGGGGUGACUUUCAUUCUAACAUCAAGACAGUUAAAUUAAACCUCCUCAUAACUGGGAAAAUCGUUGAUCAUGGAAACGGAACCUUCAGCGUUUAUUUUCGUCAUAACUCGACAGGCCUUGGAAAUGUGUCUGUGAGCCUGGUACCACCCUCUAAAGUUGUAGAGUUUGAAAUCUCCCAGCAGUCAACACUGGAAACCAAGGACUCCAAAGCUUUCAACUGUCGAACCGAGUACGAGAAAACAGACAGGGCCAAAAAGACAGCCCUGUGCAGCUUUGAUCCUUCCAAGAUUUGCUACCAAGAGCAAACCCAAAGCCACGUUUCCUGGUUGUGUUCAAAGCCAUUUAAGGUUAUAUGCAUCUAUAUUGCAUUCUACAGCAUAGAUUACAAACUGGUCCAAAAGGUUUGCCCUGAUUACAAUUAUCACAGUGACACUCCCUAUUUUUCCUCAGGAUGAUAAAAUGUUCUUGCAUGUUCAUGACCUCCUAGAUUUCUCAUGGAAUUUGGAUUAGCACCAAUAAUAUUUGUCUUUGUCAUUUGCUUGAUGUAGGCUUACUCAGAGAGGUUUGAGAAAAGGCAAAAUGUGACCACCUUUGCCGAAGGAUUCUGGACACAGGAAGUUAAAAUGGACCUACUUUUGUAUGGAAUUGCUUAUUUUGUUUUAGUGUGGUAAUUAAAAUGGUGAAGGAUGCUUUUAAAAAUAUAUUAGGAAACUGCAUUUAAUCUGGUAAAACUGGUAAAUCAUAUUGGUACAGUAGAUUUAUGUGGUUGUUAGAGAAUAAAGAAAUGCUGUUAACAAUCAUCUGUCAGAUGUAAAUCCUGUGCACCCUUUCAAGUAUAUAUUACUGCAAAAAUAAUGUAUAACACAAAUUAUCUAAUUGUCUCUUAUUAUUGUAUUACCCUGGCUUGAAAUGCUCUGUAAGAAUUUGUCCUGGUUAUCAAAUCUUCCAAAAUCAAUACUUUGUUGCAAGGACAGAUAUAAUAAUGCUAUCUAUAUAUUUUUUAUAUAUAUAUAGUGCUUUUUCAUAGUGG